UACGUUAUGAGGACGAUUAAAGUCGUACCCCCAAGACCGAUAAGUACCGUGAAUACACUACAAUGGGCAGAAAAUGAGGGGUCCUGUUUACCCCUUGUUUUACCGCCAUCAGAUUAUCCGGUACCCUAGAAAGUGACGAUGUUUGUCACCAACUAGUGUCAUAAAAGUUUCUUAUCGUCUGAACGCACCGAGUUCGACAGAGUUAUGGAUUUCUUAUCAGCGAUGCGACAUGAAUGAUUAGAACAGGUCUUAAAUUUAUUUUUCUGAAUGUAGGUAAAAAUCAGCUCUGGGUUUUAUCAAUGUAUAUGCGUACGCAGGGGCAAUCAAGCGUGUAGACGAUUUUGAUUGACAUUAUAGGUCUUUUUAAUUCCAGCCAAGGCGCAUUACAAUUAGUCCGCGAAACGAAAAGGGCCGACACUUCCGAAAUACAACAAAUGCUCGCUUGCGUUCGAGUGAACCGUUGUUGAUGAAUGAAAACCGUAGUAGGUUUAACUUUGUUUUAUAAAUCCUAGGCUAUUGUCAAACAUGCGCUUUAACGGUGGAUAUAUAUGACAUGGAGUAGCAAAGUCUGACGGCCAAUUUGACUGCAGCCUUGAAAGAAGAAACAGCAAAAAAGCAAUUUUCAAUGUUAUACCCAUAGCUUAAAACUUUGCAAAAGGAAGACAAUACAACAGACUUUAAAGACAAUGGGUUACCUGUUGACUCUAAUUUGUUUAAUUUCAUCGGAUAUUUUCUGUAACUUUGUGCAUGGUUUUAGUACCUACCCUCGGAGAUAUAACCGGGGGUUAGAUGGAGGGGGCACCUGUCCCAGUCAGUGUAGGUGUAUGGACCUUAAUCUUCGGGGGACUCGGGACGUUCUUGACGCCGUGGAGGGCGGGAGCAGAUGGGCUGCUAAAGGAUUUGAGGAGCUAACACAAAUGAUGAGCGAUGCCCCCGCCGACACAGGAAGAACUAUGGUGUGUCAGGGACUUAGACGACUCCCAACUCCAAUACCCACAGACAUAACGAAGCUAACAAUUUAUGGCGACAGUAGUUCCGGGAUGCCGGAAACUGUGGCGGACCAGCCUCGCGGCGACAUCCAAAGGGUCCCGCUAAUAUCCGACACCCAGAUACGCUACAUAGAAACCAAUUCCUUCCGGGACAACACGGAAAUGAAAGAACUCACGAUGUCCGGAAACAACGUAGGAAUCCUCUACCCAUACACCUUCCAACAUCUACGGUCUUUAGAAGUCCUAAACUUCCCGAAUAAUAAUGUGCGCCACCUAUCGGCUGCUGUUUUCACUGGUCUUGCUUUAUUGAAACAGUUGCAGUUAUCUGACAAUAUGUUCCAAUUUCUACCGAGCACUGUAUUCGAUGAUUUACAGGAACUUAAGAUUUUGCAUUUAAAUGGCAAUAAGAUUAGAUAUAUACAAAGAAAUCUCUUUGCACCAUUGAGGAAGCUGGAAAUCUUGGACCUUUCCAGAAACAACAUCACUGAUUUAUUUGAUGACGUCUUUACAACCAACACUGAAAUUAAAGAAUUAUUACUGAACGGAAAUCGUCUCAGGAAAAUUCGUGCCAAAUGGUUUGAGAACCUAACCAACUUACGAAGUUUAUCACUACGAGGUAACGUAAUAAAGUCGAUUGAAUCUCGUACAUUCACAAAUCUUUUCAACUUGGAAGAACUCUUACUGUCUGCAAAUCACAUCAGCGAAGUCAAGGACAAUGCAUUUGAAAGUCUAAGAGACUUGAAAAUUCUCGAUUUGGCCACCAACGACAUUACAGACAUACCAAAAAUGUCAUUUUUCCAACUUGAAAGUUUAGAAGAAAUGUACCUGGGCGGAAACAAACUACAGACAGUAAGGAACUAUACAUUUUAUCACAUUAAGUUCCUCAAAACAUUGGACAUUUCAAGAAAUCUCAUAGAAACGAUAGAAUAUGGAUCAUUUCACCAACUGCGCCAGAUUCAUGAACUUGAUCUAUCCCAUAAUAAAUUGAGAAAAAUUGAAAAGGACUUGGUUUUGGGGAUGGAAGAACUCCGAGAAAUUAAUUUGGAGCAUAACUUUAUUAGUGACAUCGAAGGUGAAGCUUUUAAAACCGCCACAGACCUAAUGUCGUCUAAGGUUUCUGUCCUCGAUCUCCAAGGCAACGAUCUACGUAAGAUAGGAGCGGAAUGUUUCAAGGGGCUUCCUCAAUUAAAAUCUCUUGACAUGGGAAAUAAUAAAUUAAGACGAGUGCAUAGUAUGGCUUUCGCUAGUUUGGGCAACUUAAGAAAACUAACUCUCAGCAACAACAAAUUAAAAAAUGCCAAUAAUGGGUUAUUUUCAAACCUCGUGCGACUACAGGAACUCGAUUUGUCCACUAAUAAGUUCCAAUCAGUGCCAUCAAAUGCUUUCAGCGGCCUGGUCGACCUUGAAGAUCUAAACAUUGCUUACAACAGCAUUCAUGAUCUCUCUGACAAUGCCCUGCGCCCCCUGCGUCACUUGGCCCUCCUUAAUUUGAAAGGAAAUAAACUGCUUAACUUUAAUUUCACGUGGAUAUCGAAUCUUCCUCAAUUGUCCAGCGUCGACCUCUCCUCCAAUUACUUGUUUUGGAUUGAUGUCCCUGAAAGUGUCAAACUGAGCCUGAAGGAACUCUCGAUCGCUAAUAACAACCUUAAAACGGUACCCUCCUCAAUAAAAAAGAUCUUCGCCCAUUCACCUUUUCUUGACAUGACAGGAAACGCAAUGGAUUGUGAUUGUAAGCUAAGAUGGCUUCUGGAUCCCGGUCUGUCAAGCACCGUGCACGUGGAUAAAAUGGAUGAAAUCAUUUGCAAAACUCCAGACAGACUUCAUGGACGAAAGCUGAAACAUCUUAUGGACACAGAUUUGGAAUGCACAGACCCCGGAACUCAAAAGCACCAAUCGUCGUUAAUGUGCAGCGCUAUGACUCUUCAACAGAAAUCAUCAAUGUCACCAAGACUUGGGAAUAAAGUUUCCAUCAGGCGACAUGCCACAAUCUUUGACAGCAAUCGUCAACCAAUAGCUAACGGUAUCGUUAUUGCAAACGGCUGGAUCCUAACGGUCGGGACAGCUGUGGAGUCAGAGGCACAGUCCACGAUUAACACUAGGUUCAGCGUAAGGAUCGGUCGUGGGAAGAAACCAGUCAGGAUCAUCAGUAUCCUCUCUCAUCCAUUAGUACCUAUGAAAAUGCAGCAAUAUAACGUGGCACUGAUCCGGUAUUCCACCGGAAAGAGGAAAGGAAAUAUUGAUUAUCCAUGUUUUUUAACGCAAAACCAGUAUGACUCUGUCUCCAAAAUUAUACAGAAAGUGUCUUUCACGACUAGACUUUCCACAAAGAGGCGGUAUGCCAAACUUAAACCAAAGAAAGGACGAUUAUCAAACACAUGCUUUAGCGAAAAGUUUAUCUGUUCAAAAGUGAAAGUAGGAAAGAAAAAGAAAAACGAAAGCAUGCUAAUCGAUGGGUCGCCAUUAUAUCUAGGGCGUCCGGGAGAUUCAAAAAUGGCUGGAUUAGGAGUUUAUAUGAAGACUACAAAUAAGUUUGAAUAUGCUUUUUUGCCUAUUUGGUCAGUUUCCGACUGGAUAGGGACAGUAAUAAAAGAAUUUGACUCGAAAUGCACUGUGGACAAAAGAAGUGCAAAAUGUGAAAACUUAAAGCUACCAUCAAUAGAAGAUAUGAUUAUGGAACUCCAACCCAUGGAAGAGCAUUAAUACACGUGACGUCAGUCAUUCCCUCCACAAACUGCAAAAAAUGAAAUCCGUCAUAUCAUUAACUUAUCGACAAUUCAGUCAUGGUCAUUCACUUUUUAUUCACUUGCCUCCUAUACGCAUUGGACAUAAUAUUUAUAUGUGAUUUUUAGUUCCUUCCAUUUUUGUACUUGUCUCAGUCACGUGAUUACUCCGCCGCAAGAUGGCGUUUUGUAAUGUCGGUGGUUGUUAUGUUAUAUUUUGUUUUACAGUAAUUUUGAAUUUUGAUGUUCAUUAUUUUAUGGUUGUUAGAUUGAGAAGUCUAACUUUUUCAUAUGACUGAAUUUUGUCAGACAUAUUCAUUAAAUAUUUUGUCAUAAACGUAUCCCUGCAAUAGUUAGAAUGGUUAGAAACUUUUUAUCGAAUGACUGGUGUGCAUUGUAAAUAUUCAUUAGUGUUCAUUAAUUUUAUUUAAUUUAUGGCAUCAUUUUAGUUGAAUGUUGUAUUUGCUAUCAGCAUAGAUCAUAGCAUUUUUAUAAAAUGUAAAUACCAGUUUGAUUCAUAGUUUUUAAUUAAGAGUUCAUUCAUUAAAUUUUGCAUUUGUUACCUAGCAUCAUAAAUCAAGUCAUUAUUUUAUUUUUUACAAGUAUCAGAAUGUUCAGAUCUUUGAC